GGCGAGAGACCAGUAGGAAGUCGGUGCAGAGGGAGGGGAGGAAGGGAGGGGUCACGUGCAGUCCGCGGCCCGGGGUCACGUGACGGAGUGCGGGUCUGGGAGUUCUCCCGAGGGAAGAAGAGUGGAGCGCGGGGGACGCGGCGGGCGGCGCUGACAAUGAGUUUUCUUGGCGGCUUUUUUGGUCCCAUUUGUGAGAUUGAUGUUAUCCUUAAUGAUGGGGAAACCAGGAAAAUGGCGGAAAUGAAAACUGAAGAUGGCAAAGUAGAAAAGCAUUAUCUUUUCUAUGAUGGGGAAUCUGUUUCAGGAAAGGUAAACCUAGCCUUUAAGCAACCUGGAAAGAGGCUAGAACAUCAAGGAAUUAGAAUUGAAUUUGUAGGUCAAAUUGAACUUUUCAAUGACAAGAGUAAUACUCAUGAAUUUGUAAACCUAGUGAAAGAACUAGCCUUACCUGGAGAAUUGACCCAAAGCAGAAGUUAUGAUUUUGAAUUUAUGCAAGUUGAAAAGCCAUAUGAAUCUUACAUCGGUGCCAAUGUCCGCUUGAGGUAUUUUCUUAAAGUGACAAUAGUAAGAAGACUGACAGACUUGGUAAAAGAAUAUGAUCUUAUUGUUCACCAGCUUGCUACCUACCCUGAUGUUAACAACUCUAUUAAGAUGGAAGUGGGCAUUGAAGAUUGUUUACACAUAGAAUUUGAAUAUAAUAAAUCAAAGUAUCAUUUAAAGGAUGUGAUUGUUGGAAAAAUUUACUUCUUAUUAGUAAGAAUAAAAAUCCAACACAUGGAGUUACAACUGAUCAAAAAAGAGAUCACAGGAAUUGGGCCCAGUACCACAACAGAAACAGAAACAAUUGCUAAAUAUGAAAUAAUGGAUGGUGCACCAGUCAAAGGUGAAUCAAUUCCAAUAAGACUAUUUUUAGCGGGAUAUGACCCAACUCCAACAAUGAGAGAUGUGAACAAAAAAUUUUCAGUAAGGUACUUUUUGAAUCUGGUCCUUGUUGAUGAGGAAGACAGAAGGUACUUCAAGCAGCAGGAGAUCAUUUUAUGGAGAAAAGCUCCUGAAAAACUGAGGAAACAGAGAACAAACUUUCACCAGCGAUUUGAAUCACCAGAAUCACAGGCAUCUCCUGAACAGCCUGAAAUGUGAACUGAAUAGGAGAAAAAAAUAAAAAUAAAAACUCUUAGAACCGUUGAGAUUAAGUUCAGUUGAUUAAAGAUGGUUGCAGCAUGAAGCAGGGGGAAGGCCAAAAGUCCAUGUAUAAUAGUCUUCCUUUAUCUUACAGCGCUGCAUUUAUUUUAUGAUAUAACUAAAUAUUCUUACAUAUACUACAUUUAAAAAAGUGCUUUCUUUGAAACACUGGAACUUUCUUAAGCUGCCGUGUUUUUUUUACUGCACACUUUGAUGGUAAGCACUCAUAUAUGCAUCAGUAUAAACAUUAAAGAUUUUCAUGAGUUAGCUGGUAUUUGUAAUUUUGCUUGCUUUAUGCAUAAUGUUGAUUGUAAAGCAGUUUCUUUUCCUUUUUCAUGCCAAUAAUUACCUCUUAUCCUCUACAUGCAAAAUUAAAUACUUUGUGUUCAAAUAAAAUUGGAAAACCUGA